CGAGUACUGUGUUUGCUAAAAAAUAGAAUAACUGAAAUCCAUCAAGAUUAUGCGAGCAUAAUGAAAAACAGAAUUGUUUACGUUCUCCUUCCUUAUGCAAUUGUGUUGACAAUUUCUAUCCCAAUAUUGUUAUACAGCAAUAACAUUAUCCAAGCUGGGACUAUUUUUAUGACAACAAUUACUAUAAUGUGUACGACCAAUAUAGGAACGAUUGCCUUUAUAACAAUUAUUACUCACGUCUGUUUUAUUUUCCCGAAAACAACGAUUUGGUUUCUACGUGGGCGUAACUAUGGAAUUAAUACCUCGGAGCUCUUAACGCCUGCCUUUGUCUUGGGUAUCUUAGCAAUCCAGUCAUUUCAAAGUGAUGUAAAAUUUCAUGGUAUGAUGAUGUGUUUUGGAAUUUUUCUUGUUGCUAGUACUGUUCUAGAAGAAGUACACACGAUUGCUGAUUCAUUUUUGCUGGAACGUGGAGCAUCGGGAGGCGGAAUUAUAAAGACAUGCAAAGCGGUAACAAUUAUCAUUGCAUUAAUAAUGUGCCCAAUUUGGGUUGUUAUCAAAUUUUAUGAAAUUGGAUUUGAUUUAGGGAUAAUAUGGUUUCUUGUAGCUACUGCAUCCUGGAUAUCUGUGUGCAUUGAUUCAGUAGGGUCUCUGUCAGUUUACAUCUUGUUGGUUUUAGAUAGCUUUAAAUCAGAACCAAUUGAAAAGUUAGAUGAAAUAAUGUAUGGCGUCCGUGCGGCCAUCGGAAUAGUGCAUAUAGGGUUUGGACUUCUUCAAAUAUGCUUUCUUACGUGGAAUAUAACCACGAUUCAAUGGAGCUGGUUUAGUUGUAUUAUAUUAGCCAUUCUUGUUUACAAUAGUUAUGAGCGAGUAACAAACGGAUGGAACGAAUUUCAAAGGCGUCGAACUGCAGUUCACAGACUUUCAUUCUUGCAAAAUGCAACACAAGAACAGUUACAUCUUUUCAACGAUGUUUGUGCCAUUUGCCUUCGCAAUAUGACGUCUGCUAAGAUUACUCCUUGUAAUCACUACUUCCACGAAUCAUGUUUUAAAAAGUGGUCAUACCUUAAAGAAACAUGUCCAAUGUGCAAUGCCAUCAUUAAUACUGAUUGGUUUGUUCAAAGGUUGCUUAGAACAUUGUUAAAUGUACAACGACAUAACGUUCGUGUGCCUGUAAACACUUGAUGAUGCACCAAUGAGAUUGAUUUUUGAAAAUUGUUUUUCUUUUUAUAUUAUGUUAAUGUGUGAAACAAAUUAAGAUAAUAUUACAUGUAUCUUGAUCAAUACACAAUGAUUAUUAAAGACUAUUUAGGAAAUAUGUCUAUUGAUGUAAAAUUCCGUCUUGAUGUUCUUUUCUUGACGUCACAAAUAUUAAUUUUCUUUCUUUGUUUAUUUUCGCCGAUUUAUGAACAUUGAUGAAGACAGGUACAUUGCUGUUGCUUUUUAUUCUAAAGACAUCGAUAACUUGCGUCGACAUUUUUUGAAAAUAAUAUGUUUUUAACAUUUCAACUUAAUGUGUUAUAUUAUUAUUUUGUUGUAGCCUGUGCUCAAAGAUUUUCUAAGUCUUAAUUUGGUUAAAGUCAAUUCAAUUUUACAAAAUUUGAACUAAGCCUGUUAAGAUGGUUUUUGUUUACGCUUCAUACGAAAUGGUGUACAAGAUAAGUUUUGUUUUCAAACUUUAAAUUUUCUUAUUUUUGAAUUUAAUUGUCUGAAUUAGAUAACCGCUAUUCUUAUAUUAUUUAGUUUUCCAGGUUUCAAUGGAAAACAUUGAAAUCUUUUAUCAAAUUGAUUUCAGAAUCUAAUUGACUA